AUGGCUUCAUCGUCAUGUUCUGUAAUUCCCGGGUUUAUCUCCAACAACAGAAAUUUGACUUACACUCUCUCUCGCCGUAACUUCACGCGCCACUUAACGCCGCCGAGCAAUGGCGGGAGGAAACUCGGGCUUUAUUUGAAGAAGAAGAAGAGUAGCAUAAUUGUCAGUGUAAAAGGAGAUGCGUUACAGUACAGAAAACUUGGGGAUUCCGACCUUGUUAUUAGCGAAAUCACUAUGGGCACUAUGACAUUUGGGGAGCAAAAUACAGAGAAGGAGGCUCAUGAAUUGCUUAGCUACUCGUUUGAGAAUGGUAUUAAUGCUAUAGACACUGCAGAAAUGUAUCCAGUUCCAGUAAAAAAGGAGACACAAGGAAGGACAGAUCUUUAUAUUGGUAGCUGGUUAAAGUCUCGACCUCGAGAUAAGGUUAUUUUGGCCACAAAAGUUGCUGGUUACUCCGAGCAAACAGCAUACUUGCGAGAUGAUGCAAAGGUAAUUCGAUCUGGCUAUAGAAGAGAUUUGAGCACCUCAGUCCUAUAUUGA